AAAUAAACAUGCUGUUUUUUUAUAAAUCAAUUUAAAUACAUUUAAAAUGCAUGUGCGAGUACGAAUAUUUGGCAAACCAGAUGCUAUUGUUGUAGUUGAAUCAAAACUUACUAAAAUAGAACAAUUUAGACGCAUAAUAAGAAAUAAAUUCGACGUUGAACCUAAGUUACAACGGUUGUUCUACGGGGGAAAGUUGUUAGAGGAUGGGUACACAUUCCAUGACUACAAUAUUAAACUUAAUGAUGUUAUUCAACUUAUGAUAAGAGUUCAACCACAAGAACGUAUAGAUGAUGACAAAGCACCUGAACAACAAGAAAAUGAUGAAAAACCGAGUGACAAAAUUGAAAGUAAAGGAAAAAAUUAUAAAGAUACGGGAAGUACACUAUAUUUAGUUGGUGAUCUAGUAGAUAUGAAAGAUAGAGAACAUGGAGCAUGGUUUGAAGGAAAAAUCACUCGUAUAGUACUAGAUCCAGAUAUAAAUUAUGAGAGUGAGGAAAAAACAGAAGAAAGUUUGAACAGUAGUGAUAUACAAUAUGAUAAAGAAAGUGAUGUUGAAAACAAGCCACCAAGUGAUAGUUCUGAAGAAGACACAAAGUCAAAGAAGAAAGGUAUUGCUAAAUAUUUCACCAAAGCUGCAAAAGGAAGACGACUAACAAAAGAAAUAAAAGUGGAAACAGUUAAAAUUACAGAUGACAAUAUCUUGUAUAAAGUGCAAUUAGAUGAUGAUGAAGAGGACUCAGAUUUAUAUUGUAAAUUAAAAGAAAUAAGACCAAGAGCUAGGCGAGAAAUCAAUAUCAAAGAUUUGAAACCAGAACAAACAAUUAUGUUAAAUCAUAACACUGAUGAUCCUUUAGAAAAGGGAUACUGGUAUGACUUCAAAUUAGAUGAAGUAAAGAAACUACGUUUAAAUUAUGAACUGGUUGGAACAUUAUACUUAGGGCCAGAUUCAGUACCUCAAAAUGACACCAAAGUUAGAGUUCAUGACAAGAUAUUUGCUAUAGAACAACCAGUGCCUGUUGCAGAAAGGAAUAUUGAAUAUAGAAAACUUGUAUCAGAACCUCCUGAAAAAAGAUCAAAACCUUUGAAUUGCUUAAAAUGUCGGGACAAUGAGAAUGCACCUUGUAAAGAAUGUGGAUGUUAUCUGUGUUCAGGAAAAGAAUCGCCGGAAAAGAUAGUUUUAUGUGAUGAAUGUAACAAUGGUUUCCACAUGAAGUGUCUUACUCCUCCACUUACCGAGCUACCUGAAGAGGACUGGUACUGUCCAUCUUGUAAACGUGACCCCAAUGACGUUAUAGCCCCUGGUGCAGCCAAACAGACAAAAAAGGGUAAUGCCUCUAAAACCAAUCGUGAUUGGGGAAGAGGGAUGGCUUGUGUUGGUAAAACUAAAACUUGUGCCAUGCCACCGAACCAUUUUGGCCCCAUUCCUGGUAUAGAAGUUGGAAUGUGCUGGAGAUUUCGUAUACAGCUAUCGGAAUCCGGUGUACACAGGCCACCCGUAUCUGGUAUACAUGGUCGUGACGUCGAGGGUGCCUAUAGUAUUGUAUUAUCCGGUGGCUAUGAAGACGACGUGGACUAUGGGAAUGAGUUUACAUAUACGGGCAGUGGUGGCCGAGAUCUCUCAGGAAACAAGCGCACAGCGGAACAAUCCUGUGAUCAAACCCUUACUAGAGAAAAUAAAGCCUUGGCACGCAACUGUGCAGUGAAAGAUGUGAGUGAGAAAGGCGCAGAUGCACAAGGGGCUUGGCGGCAAGGCAAACCUGUGCGAGUAGUACGAUCUUAUAAAAUGCUUAAACAUUUCCCAAAGUAUGCUCCUAAAGAAGGCAUAAGGUAUGAUGGUAUCUACAAAGUAGUGAAGUAUUACCCAGAAAAGGGUCUGUCCGGUUAUCGUGUAUGGAAAUACUUGUUACGGCGAGAUGACCCAAGUCCAGCUCCUUGGGAGCCAGGCGCUAAGCAAUUCCCUAUUGUGUAUCCUGAUGGGUACUUGGAAGCUGAGGCUGAAAAGAAAGCUCUUAAGGAGAAAGGUAGCAAGGGUAGAGGCAAUAAGAAAAGAGCUCUAAGGGAAAGUAAUCAGAGUUCAUCGGAAUCAGAACCAUCUCCUCCUCAUAAAAAACGAAAGACUCAGGAUAGUAAAAAGGCACAGGAGAAUAAAAAGAAAGAAGUAAAAAAUAAGCCUAUAAGUCCAAAGAUGAAAAUACCAAGUAUGUUUAGUAUAAGUCCAAAAUCCAAUAAAAAGAAAAAAGAAAUUGGUCUUACUUCAGCCGAGAAGGAAGCUAUUGAAUCUGAUAUGUUAAAUGCUAAACUCUGGGGAGAAUGUCUUGAUAUUUGCGAAAAGCAAGGCAAAAAGGAGUUUAUAGAGCAUGUCACAGAAGUUUUCUUAUGCAUUAUAUGUCAAGAAGUGGCUGUCAGUCCGGUGACAACGCCAUGCUUGCACAACUUUUGUAUGGCUUGUUUGAAGUUGGCAUUCAAAUCGAAUGAAUCACAAAACUGUCCCUGUUGUCGACAUAACCUUUCCAAAAUGGAAUUGCAACCAAAUGAAAACUUAAAAACAGCAUUACGUGCAAUUUUAACCGGUUAUGAUGCAGGCAAGAAGUAGGAAAUUUAUUUUAAUUUGGACAAACGGGCGGGUCGCUUUUUUAUAUAUUGAGUAAGCUAUACCACACAAAUGAUUUCAACAACGUAUCGCCGCAAGUCGUGAUGGACCCGUGACAUUUUGUUCGCCAAAAUCCGUGACGUAUCCAUCUUUCUCUCUCGUUUCUAUUAAAUCUGAGGGCAAGACGAGAUUCGCCGCGAUACACUCACCCAUGGACAUGGCUCCUCAGAUGCUUUCGUGAAAAACUAUAACUACACCAUACGAUUUAACUUAAAUGAAGGAGCGUUUUAGCUUGGCUUAAAAUUCUAUUUACUUAUUUCUUUUUUUAUAGGUGAAAUUCAUAUUUUUAUUCAAGGUAGCGUUUCUCACGAUGGUCUGUGUUUGUCCUGUAAAAAUGUAGAUGAUGAAUAGUUAUUUUUCUUUUAAGUUUUAAAGUAGCAAUUAACAGGAAAAAGUUCAGUAUAAUUAAACCAAUGCUGGCGAUAGUUUGUGAUAUAACAUUAGAUUUUAUACUUAAUAAUUAAUUCUUUUUUUUUAUAAAUUAAUACAUCUCUGAAACCCAUUUUACAUUUAUAAGGGGGUAUUAAAAGAUAAUUUCAUCGUAAUCUAUCGCCAAUUUUUAAGUGUUUAAUUAUAAUAUAAAGUUUUUUAUGGACAUUAAAUUACUAAUAUAAUAGAAGUAUGGAAGUUUUUCAGACUACUUUCAGUCACGAGUGGCUCUACGGAUUUUAAUGAAAAUCGACAUAUUGUUAUAUUAUUA